AUGAUAUGGAGUAGUGAUUUGAAAGGAAAAUUUUCAACAUCUGCAAUUGUGGAAAGAAUAAGGUCAAGAGAACCUAAAGUUAAUUGGCCUGCUUACAAAUGGAAACCAUUUCUACAUCCGGCUACUGCAAGCAAUAUUUGGAAGAUCCAACACCAAAUUUAUGUGGAUGAUAAAGUGAUGAUGAAAAAUGGAUUUGAAAGGGUAUCAAGAUGCUGCAUAUGCACUGCAGAGCACGACUGUAUGGACCAUACAUUGUGGGAAUGUAAGUUCAGUUUGAAUGCAUGGGCUUGGAUUUGUUCAAUUUUUGAUUUUGAGAUCCCUCAAUCUUUUAAUGAUGUCUGCAAGUCAGCUCAACACAAGAGUCCCUUAAUUAGGGAAAUCUGGAUGACUGUUGCUUGCAAAAUCAUGAAGGAAUUGUGGUUUCAAAAGAACAAUAAGCUCUUUGAAGAAAAAUCUCCUCAGUUCAAUGAAUUUAAGAGGAAAAUAUGGCAAUCUGUGCAUGAGGGUGGUUUCAGGAUGAAAGGCACAAAAUGGGGACAGAUUUAUGAUCAGAAUAUUAUUGAUCUCUUCCAACUGGGUGUUAAACAUAUCAAAUACAAUUGCAUCAGAGAAUGCUAUUGGGAAUCUUCAAAUCAAAAUUUUGUUUUAUUUUGCUGUGAUGGCUCUUCAUUGGGUAAUCCAGGCGCAGCUGGUCUUGGUGUUAUUGCUAGGGAUUCUUCAUGUGAAGUUAUUGGAACAAUGUCAGGGGGAGUAGGAAAUGCGACAAAUUAUAUAGAAGAAAUCCUUGCUGUGAUUUCUGCUCUUGAAUGGGCCUUUGUGUUGAAAGCUCAAAAUGUGAUAAUCAGGUCAGACUCAAAAACUGUUGUUAAUGACUUCUGCAAUAAUUGUAUUCCUUGGAUGUUUAGAGCAAGAUGGCUGAAUGCAAAGCAAAACCUGGAGUGCAUCAUAUUUCAACACUGUUUUCGUGAAGUAAAUUUUUCUGCAGAUGAUCUAGCCAAAAGAGGAGCAGGCCUGAGAGAUGGUGAAAGAAUAAUUCAUACUGGAAGGCCCAGUUUCUUAAAAAGAAGUAAAAUGCCCAAUGUUGUUUAUUAUAGGUUAAUCUUUGGAGCACUUCUUGCAAUUUUCGUACCUGUUAACUUUUUACUAUCUUCAAAAUGA